CGUCCCGCCAUGUCGGAGCGGCGCGGCGCGGCGGCCGAGGCCCUGUCCCGCCUCUCCGAGUGGGCGGACGCGCACCUGGGGCUGCUGCGGAGCCUCAGCGCCGGGAUGGCGGUGGCCGGGCUGCUGGUGCUGGCCCGCAGCGCGCGCCUGGCAACAAAGUUCACAAGUGCUUUGGAUAUACCAGUGGAGUUUGUAGAAAAGAAUGUGAAAUUGCGGGGAAGAGUACAUCAUGUAACUGAGAAAGGCCUGGAGGUUGAACACAUUCCCAUCAGCAUUCCUUUCCUUACAUCCAUACAGAGAAGAUGGCAAUCGAAAGGUCUUCUGCUGGUGAGACUGGCUGGAGUGGAGCUGGCUCCGAGGGGCAUGGCCUGGUUACAGCAAGAGUUAAAACCCAACCAAGUCAUAUGGUUCCAGCUUCUGGGAAGGGAGGAUUUGGCACUUGAGUGCCUAGUAUUAGUAAAUAAGGGGCGAUUUCUCAGCGUGUGCGUGAACGAAGAGCUGCUGAGACAAGGGCUCGGCAGAGCAGCACGGAUCGAAGGGCUCCACCACCAUUCCCACCUCUACUGGAAACUUCACAAAAAACUGCUUCAAGCAGAGCUAAAGGCCUUGAGGAAAAAUAAAGGAAUAUGGGAGGAAGCUAGUUACUCUGAAAGAAUUAGAGAUCGGAUAAGCAACAAUAAGUUUGUACAGACAUUGAAACAAUUUGUGGUCUGGCUGAGAAGCUCUUUCUAAAGUGAAAAGGGAGACUUGCUUGGAGGAAUGCCAGGCACCUGGCUUUCUGUAAAGUAGAAGUUCGUGUUAAAAAGCAGUGCCAUCAUUUGCAGAGUCCCUGUCCUGAGCAGAAAACCCAUCGUUAUUUGGUGUCAUACUGCAACCCACAAGAGACUAAAAGUGGCAGGAUGCAGCCCACUGAGUGAAAUGCCCUCAAGCUGAACCUUUCCACCAUCAUGUCCUGAAGGAGUUGUCAGGUUUCCACCUGCCAAAUACCUGCACGGCUGCGUUAGCCAACAGCGAGAGCAAUCAACAGUCCUGUGUGUAAGAGGUGCAGUGUUGGUUCACAGUGUACAGCCUUAAAUGCUGCCCUCUUAGAUGUCAGCCCUCCGUAGCCCACAUUGGUCAGAAAACCCCAUUUCACACCUUUUCAAAGCCUGUGGGAUGUGUUUGCAAGUGAGCAUCUUGUUUGACUUCUGUUCUUACACUAUUUUUUUUGUACAGUAUGUGGGUUUAAAAUCUUGAAUAAUGGGUUGCAUUGUUAUGGAUGUAGCAGGUCAUUUGUGAUGGCUGAUCUUAAAAAGCUGAUAAGGUCACAACAACUACAUUUUAUAGUGGAAAAAAAUCCCUGGGUAUAUCAAAGAAUAUAAAUGAUGUCAGUAUCCACAUUUUUAGAAGACAGCAUUCACUUCAAUAGGAAAAACUUGUUUUUUCUGAUGGUUCCAAAAGGGUCUAAUAUUACAUUAAAAUAAAAUGUUAACACAAAAUUUGAAAAGGUGGAUCAUCCUGUGUUAAAAACUUAAAAUAUUGUUUUAUCUUGUGAACUUUUAAAGUGGAUGAGGGUGUAUUUAUUUUGUAAAUUUUCUUCCAAUAAAAUUUAAUUUCUUA